AAGACUCUUCAAUAGUCCCAUUGACAUAGAUACCUCCAUACAUUCACCUCGAGGGCUGAAGAGCUAAUCCUGAUCCUAAUCAAGAAUAAUGCCGGUUAGUGAGGUUAUGGCAGGGGCUGCUAUUGGACUUGCUCUCCAAGUCCUUCACGACGCCAUCAAAAGAGCUAAAGAUAGAUCUUUAACCACAACAUGCAUCUUGGACCGUCUCGAUGCAACAAUCUUUAGGAUCACUCCGUUGGUGGCUCAAGUUGAUAAGCUUAGCGAAGAAGUGGAAGAUUCACCGAGGAAAGUUAUUGAAGAUCUUAAGCAUCUCCUUGAAAAGGCCGUUUCUCUUGUUGAGGCCUAUGCGGAACUCAGACGCAGAAACUUACUCAAGAAGUUCAGGUAUAAGAGAAGAAUAAAAGAGUUGGAAGCUUCAUUAAGAUGGAUGGUGGAUGUGGAUGUUCAAGUCAAUCAAUGGGUAGAUAUCAAAGAAGUCAUGGCCAAGAUGUCUGAAAUGAACACUAAACUUGACGAAAUCACGCGUCAACCAACAGAUUGUAUUUGUUUCAAGAGCAGUCAUAGCAUAUCACAAAGUAGUAAUCAAGAUAUUGUCGAAGUCUCAGAGCGAUCUUUGGAAGAAAAUGCUGAAUGUUCGAGUGAUGGAUCAAAGCCGAAGAUUGAUAUACACAUUCAGUGGAGUUCAAGAAAACGGAACAAAGACAGUGAAAUCCGAUUUGUAUUGAAGUGAUGAUUCUUGAUGUACCAAUUGUGUGAAAUCACUCAAAUGUGAUCAAGUUGAAUUGUUCAAGAUGUAGAUU